UUUAGAAUUUUUCGAUCGAGAAAAAAAGAUGGGGAAUACGUCUUGCAUAUUCUGUGCAUGCGUCGAACAGGCGAAUAUCGGCGUGGUGGAGCGUUUUGGCCGUUUCGAGAAGUUGGCGGAGCCUGGCCUCCACAUAUUUAACCCUUGCGCCGGUCAGUAUCUUGCCGGCAUCCUUUCCACCAGAAUCUUCUCCCUCGAUGUCCGCAUCGAAACCAAAACCAAGGACAAUGUCUUUGUGCAAUUGCUUUGCUCGAUUCAAUACAGAGUGCUUAAGACACAUGCUGAUGAUGCAUUUUAUGAACUGCAAAAUCCUGAGGAACAGAUUCGGGCUUAUGUGUUUGAUGUGGUUCGAGCUCUAGUUCCUAGAAUGAAUUUGGAUGAUCUCUUUGAACAAAAGGGUGAGGUUGCUAAAGCUGUUCUCGAGGAACUUGGGAAGGUGAUGGGAGAUUAUGGAUAUAGCAUUGAGCACAUACUGAUGGUUGACAUUAUACCUGAUCCUACUGUGCGCACAGCAAUGAAUGAGAUAAAUGCAGCUCAAAGACUUCAGCUUGCAAGUGUGUACAAAGGUGAAGCCGAGAAAGUGCUCCAAGUUAAAAGAGCGGAAGCCGAAGCCGAAUCCAAGUACUUAAGUGGAGUUGGUGUGGCCAAGCAGCGUCAGGCAAUCACAGAUGGGUUGAGGGAGAACAUAUUAGACUUCUCUCACAAGGUGCAAGGCACCUCGGCCAAGGAAGUGAUGGAUCUUAUCAUGAUCACACAGUACUUUGACACAAUCAAGGACCUUGGCAACUCCUCAAAGAACACUACCGUGUUUAUUCCCCACGGACCUGGUCAUGUUAGGGAUAUCGGUGAGCAGAUUCGGAGUGGGCUGAUGGAGGCAUCGAGUGCUCAACUAAAUGUCGAAUGAAUAUCAAGUAAAUACAAACGAAUCUUUGUGUUUAGAUUUGUUAUACAAUGCUUCUACUUUGGUCAGUGAGGCAAUAAGUGGAAGAUUAUUUGCUUUUGAUGGACCUAUGGCUCAGUAACUCUUCUGGCCAUUG